UUUUGAACUGAGGACUCUGUGCACUUAGGUUUUUCCACAGAGAGUGGACUGAUAUUUCAAGAAGUGUUUUUCAUUUACUCAAGAAAAAUAUGAUGGGUCCAUACCAAGUCUCACUUUUGUUCUUAAAUCUAUGUAUUUUUAUUUGUGGAGAAGCUGUGCAAGGUAACUGUAAACAUCAUUCUAAGGAUUUUCCAGCAGUUAACAUUGUAGAAGAUGUAUCUAACGCAAAAGAUAAAAGCAGAAGUAAUGACACUGUUUAUAAAGACUAUGAGCAUUCAAGUGAUGUUGCCACUAAAAUUACAAGAGAAGGAAAGCAUUUCAUGUGCAGAAAUUUGCAAAAUUCUAUCCUUUCCUAUACACGAAGCACCAAGAAAUUAUUAAGAAAUAUGAUGGACGAACAGCAAGCAUCCUUGGAUUAUUUAUCUAACCAGGUUAAUGAGCUCAUGAAUCGAGUUCUCCUUUUAACAACUGAAGUUUUCAGAAAACAGCUGGAUCCUUUUCCGCACAGACCAGUUCAAUCGCAUGGUUUAGACUGCAGUGACAUUAAAGAUACCAUUGGCUCUGUGACCAAGACACCAAGUGGCUUGUAUAUAAUUUACCCAGAAGGAUCUAGUUAUCCAUUUGAGGUCAUGUGUGAUAUGGAUUUCAGAGGGGGUGGAUGGACUGUGAUACAGAAAAGGAUUGAUGGAGUAAUUAAUUUCCAGAGAUUGUGGUGUGACUAUCUGGAUGGAUUUGGUGACCUUUUAGGAGAAUUUUGGCUAGGAUUAAAAAAGAUUUUCUAUAUAGUAAAUCAAAAAAAUCGUACUUUUAUGCUGCAUGUGGCUUUGGAAGCUGAAGAUGACACAUUUGCAUAUGCAACGUAUGAUAAUUUUUGGCUAGAAGACGAAACAAGAUUUUUUAAAAUACACUUAGGACGGUACUCAGGAAAUGCUGGUGAUGCAUUCCGGGGCCUCAGAAAAGAAGAUAAUCAAAAUGCAAUGCCUUUCAGCACAUCAGAUGUUGACAAUGAUGGGUGUCACCCUGCAUGCGUGGUCCAGGGUCAGUCUGUGAAGAGCUGCAGUUAUCUCAACAAUAAUACUGGCUGGUGGUUUGGCCAAUGUGGUCUGGCAAAUCUAAAUGGGAUUCUUCACUUUUCGGGAAAGCUGCUGGCAACUGGGAUUCAGUGGGGCACAUGGAGCAAGAACGAUUUACCUGUCAAGAUUAAAUCUGUUUCAAUGAAAAUCAGAAGAACUUACAACCCAUACUUUAAGUAA